ACUGAGGCACUUUGUAACAAACCAUGGUUUAAAAUGAAACCGGCAGGGAACUCAGUGCACUUUGCCUAAAGGAGCCUUGUAUGAUUCUGGAUUAACCAUGAAAGACUUAAUGAACAUUCCACUCAUACAUAUCUUCACCCUGGCGGCCUUCAGCUUAGCUGAAAAACUUCCAAAAGCUCCCCUUAUCAACACUCCUCUGGAAACCGUGGACGCAUUAGUAGAAGAGGUCACUAAAUUCAUGUGUGUAGUGGACUCCUACCCCGAGCCAGAGAUUACCUGGACACGUAACAACAUUCCCAUCAGGCUGUUUGAUACACGAUACAGCAUACAAGAAAAUGGGCAGCUCCUGACCAUUCUCAGCGUAGAGGACAGCGAUGACGGAGUAUAUUGCUGCUCAGCUGACAAUGGAGUUGGAGUGCCUGCAAGAAGCUGUGGGGCUUUACAGGUGAAAAUGAAACCUAAAAUAACUCGUCCUCCUGUAAAUGUAAAAAUAAUAGAAGGAUUAAAGGCUGUUCUUCCUUGCACUACAAUGGGGAAUCCCAAACCUUCUGUCUCUUGGAUCAAGGGAGAAACUGUUCUAAAGGAAAAUGCUCGGAUUGCUGUUCUGGAAUCAGGGAGUUUAAGGAUCCAUAAUGUUCAAAGAGAAGAUGAAGGACAUUAUCGCUGUGUAGCAAAGAACAGCCUGGGCAUAGCCUAUUCGAAACCUGUCACAAUGGAUGUGGAAGUUUUUGCCAGAAUCCUGAAGGCUCCAGAAUCCCACAAUGUCACCUUUGGGUCUGUGGUGACUCUGCGGUGCACAGCAACAGGAAUUCCCGUUCCCACUGUCACGUGGCUUGAAAAUGGAAAAGCUGUUUCUACAGGAUCUAUAGUCGAAAGCGUGAAGGACAGAGUGAUCGACUCCAGACUGCAAGUGUACGUCAGCAGGCCGGGCUUGUUCACUUGCAUUGCCACCAACAAACACAGCAAAACCUUUGGCACUGCAAAAGCUGCAGCGACUAUCAGUGUGUCAGAAUGGAGCAAACUGUACAAGGGUGAUACAGGCUACUGCAGCACAUACAGAGGUGAGGUGUGUAGUGCUAUCUUGGUGAAGGAUGCUCUUGUUUUCUUCAACUCCUCCUAUGCUGACCCAGAGGAGACCCAAGAGCUGCUUGUUCACACUGCCUGGACUGAACUUAAAACGGCGAGUUCAUUCUGCCACCCGGCCGCUGAGUCUCUGCUGUGUAACUACAUCUUCCAGGAGUGCAAUCCCUCAGGAGUUGGACCAGCUCCAAAGCCCGUGUGCAGAGAGCAUUGCCUUGCGGUAAAGGAUCUCUACUGCUUUAAGGAAUGGCUCUCAAUGGAGGAGAACUCCCAGAAAGGGAUUUACAAACCAGGAUUAAUGCUGCUCGCUCUACCUGAAUGCAACAGACUUCCCAGCUUGCACAAGGACGCAAAGGCCUGCACCAGGAUUCCAUAUUUUGAUAUUAAGACAGAAAAUACAACCACAAGUUGCUACAAAGGCAAUGGCAGGUUCUACCAGGGUUUUGUCAAUGUCACAACCUCAGGCAUUCCUUGCCAGAAGUGGAGUGAACAGGUACCCCAUUUGCACAGAAGGACCCCUCAGGUUUUCCCAGAGCUGUCAAAUGCUGAGAAUUCUUGCCGUAAUCCAGGAGGGGAAAAUGAACGUCCCUGGUGUUACACAAAGGACCAUUCUGUAAAUUGGGAAUACUGCAGUGUGCCUCUUUGUGGAGAGGCAUCCAUAUCACCAGGAACAAAAAAAACAAGUGCAGAGACUCCGAAUCUCCCUUCUUCUUUCUCCCCUACAUACUCGAUGACUGUCAUCAUUUCCAUCAUCUCCAGCUUUGCAUUGAUAGUGAUUCUCAUUAUCAUUGCUCUUGUUUGCUGCCGAAGGCGAAAACAAUGGAAAAACAAAAAGAGGGAGUCACAAGCACCAACGCUAACCACUCUUCCAUCAGAGCUCCUACUGGACAGACUUCAUCCUAACCCCAUGUAUCAGCGCAUACCCCUUCUCCUGAAUCCUAAAUUACUCAGCCUAGAAUAUCCGAGAAACAAUAUUGAAUACGUGAGAGAUAUUGGAGAAGGAGCAUUUGGAAGGGUCUUUCAAGCAAGGGCUCCUGGAUUGCUUCCUUCUGAGUCAUUCACAAUGGUGGCAGUGAAAAUGCUAAAGGAAGAAGCUUCGGCAGACAUGCAGGCUGAUUUCCAGAGGGAGGCGGCUCUCAUGGCAGAAUUUGAUAACCCAAAUAUUGUCAAACUGUUAGGGGUUUGUGCUGUUGGGAAACCCAUGUGCCUGCUGUUCGAAUACAUGGCUUACGGGGAUCUCAAUGAGUACCUGCGCACCCGUUCGCCGCACAACCUCUGCGGCCUGAGCCACAGUAACCUUGACACCAGGAUCAGGCUCUCCAAUCCCAAUCCCCUCGCUCUGUGCUGCACUGAUCAGCUCGGCAUUGCCAAGCAGGUGGCAGCGGGCAUGGCGUAUCUCUCCGAGCGCAAGUUUGUGCAUCGGGAUUUGGCCACCAGAAAUUGUUUGGUGGGCGAGAAUAGAGUGGUAAAAAUCGCUGACUUUGGCCUCUCGAGGAAUAUCUAUUCAGCAGACUAUUACAAAGCCAAUGAGAAUGAUGCCAUUCCCAUUCGCUGGAUGCCCCCCGAAUCCAUCUUCUACAACCGCUACACCACUGAGUCCGAUGUGUGGGCCUACGGCGUGGUCCUGUGGGAGAUUUUCUCCUAUGGCAUGCAACCCUAUUAUGGGAUGGCUCACGAGGAGGUGAUUUACUACGUCAGAGAUGGCAACGUCCUUUCUUGCCCCGACGACUGCCCUUUGGAGCUCUACAACCUGAUGCGCCUUUGCUGGAGCAAGCUGCCUGCUGACCGGCCCAGUUUUGCCAGCAUCCAUCGCAUCCUGGAGCGUAUUUACGAGAGGGCAGUGGCUGCUAUCUAUGUGUGAGGCGUGUACUGCGGCAUGACAUUUCACCCCCAUCCUAUGCCCAGUGCAGCUGGCCCACUCCUCAGCCACAACACCCAAGCUGAACUCAAGGGGAGUUUUCUGAGUGAGGGCUGCAGGGUCGGGCUGCAUGGUUAAUCUGUAUGGUUAAUCUGCUAAAACGAAAAGGUAAAGGGGAGAGACUGUAUGUGCCAGGUGGGAUGUUUGGGAGUAGUGGCUACAUUAGAGGAGGACAGUUUUGCUGAGAGCAGAAGCAUCUUGCUGAUCAAUCAAGGGGCAAGUUCUCAUUUUAUCUUUAUAAACCGGAUUUAGCUUCUGAACUAGUGAACUAAAUUUGCAGUUGAGUCAAGGCCUAGACUCCCUCGAAAACCAGUGAGUCCAGUCCUUAUUACUACAAAUUAGUUCAAAAGUUACCGUUUAUGAUUUCUAAGGACAAACAAAACACUCCCCUCAAAGCAAAACUUUCUGUUGACCUUAAUUUCCCUGUCUUCCCAUUCUCUCCUUAUCCCAUUUUCAUGCGUUUAGCUUUCCCUCUUUUCCUCUUCCCUUUCUGCUUUCAAAUCUCUUUUUAAAAUCUUUGUUUCCUUUAAAUUUUUUUGUACAUAUUCACUUUCUUUAAAAAAAUGUAUCCCUUUUUUUCCCCUUUAAUUUCCUUCUUCUCUCACACUCUGAGAUAAUAUUUGUCGCACAAGAUCAGACCAUUAGCCUGUCACAUCUGUCCCGAGCAAUGGCCAAUACAUGGAUGCUACAGAGGAAGGUAAACUCCCAUAAUGGGCACUGAGAGCUGCCACUGAAGUCAAUGGGAGCUUGCCUGAGUAAAGCUGAACAUAAAAAGGGAGGGCCAGAUUGGGCCUGCUGCUCCAUAGGUGUGUGGGGCUGUGUGAGGCAGGGUGAGGAAGGGUAUAAAUCUCUGCCCCUGCACAGCACAACACCACUGCAGUUCUUGGAGCACAGGGAUUGCUCCCCGCUCUGUACCUCCCAGAUAAGAAACCCCUCAAGAGGUAGGGUCCCUCCCCUACCCCUAUGCACUGGCGAGGGAACAGGCCAGAUACACAGCAGAGAGUAGGCUGCCUCCCCUGAAGGGAUCCAGCAGUGGGAGCACUUCUCCUGCAUGCUGGGUUGCUUUGGGAGGAGUGCUGCAUCUCCAAGGUGAAAUUCCUCUUUGUGCUCCAGGUAGGGCAAAAUGGGUCUACAUAGCCUCCAACUAAGGACUGGGCCUCACAGGCUCAAUUGAGCCCUCAAUAAAGACUUUAGUAUUUGGCCCUUCAAAAUUUUGCUAACAUCAAAUUUAUCUAAUGAUGAACACUUUAGCCGGCUGGGCUAUUUCAGCAAAGGAAAGAGUUUAAAAUGAACUUCCAGAUUGCCCUUGGCAGACAAUAUGAUGAAACAGCUUGGAUGAUAGCUCAAACAGAAAAAUAGUUAGACUCGGGAGCGGAGGAUGGAAAUUUUCUAUUCGCUCUUUGUCCCAGUGGGCCCUGGUAUGACCUUAUGAAAUACUCUGUUUAUCUGAGAAUUCACAAAGAAAUUGAACACUUUUUUUAAAACCCUGCUUCAUUAGUUUCACAACAUGUCCAUUUUGUUAUGUGUACAAGUAACACUGAAAUAUUAUUCUGAUGAUGUUACAAUCUUUGUCAAUGCAUACUGGAUGGUUGUAUAAUUUGUGUUAGAAUGAGUUUAUAACUCAAAAAGGUUGAGUCAUGCUUUUAUACACCUCAAUAGGAGUUCAGGAGUUCUACAUGCAGAAAGGGCAUGAUUAGGUUCUAAACCUGUUCCCAGUCAGUUAUUUACUAGUUUUACACUCCGAUUGAAAAUUGUACCUAUACACUAGAGGUGCUCACCAUACGUUUUUAAAUGCCUUCGAUCAAAAAUGAUGGUGUUCAAAUCUAAUCUCCAAGAACAAGGGGUUGUUGAGGGGGCGGGAGAAUUUUCACAAGCACUCAGUUUUUUGCCUGAUUUUGCUCCUGUUGAUGUCAAUGACGCAAUUCUCAUUGAUCACAAUGACAGCAGUUAGGCAAAUGCUAACCACUUGUGAAAAAAAUCACAGCCCAGAUUCACAUGUCUUGUGCAUAGUGGUGAAUUUCACCGUUAGUGGAAGCACCUAUAGAGCAAGAGUGUCAUCCUGCGGAGAGGGACAAAUUCAAUUUUAAAUUAUGGUACAAGGGCUGGGGUGUACGUUUAGGCCUAAAUACACCCCUCAAUCCACAGCACAGCUCCCACUGACUUCAUAGAUUGCACCAAGAGUAAAAUGUGGCAAUGUAGUAACUAAACUCUUACUUAUCAUUUGUUACUGCUUCAGAGCCUUCUUGUCACAUCCAGCAUCACUCUGUAAGAAAAUACCCUCUCCUUUAGCAAUGCCACUGUUUCCUCUUGCUUUCUCAUCCCCAUGUGUUUUCUCUCCUUCCUUCUGUGCCAGAGAUCCCAGUUCCCAUAUGUAGGCUUCACUCCCAACCCCACAUUCCUUGUGCUAAAGUUAUCAGCAAGGAAAUAGUGCUGAUAUGCAGAGUGUCAUUGGGAGACUACAGACGAAUUGGGGCACAAGGCAGCUAUUGUUUCAGGCUGUCUGCACACUCAGGAAGACAACACUGCAUCAGUUAUUUGUGGGUCAGAUCCAGCCUGCAGACAUCUCUGCCAUAGGCUACGGCUACACUAGAAAGUUUACAGCAGCACCACUAUAAGCUCUCUAAAGUAACCGCCCUAAGCUAAUGGGAGAGCUCUCUCCUGUCAGCUGAACUACUCUAGCCCCCUGAGUGGCGGUAGCUGUGUUGGCGGGAGAAGCUCUCCCACAGACACAAGUGCCAGUGUGGACAGCACUUAGUCAGUGUAACUUACGUCGCCCAUGGGGGUGGCUUUUUCACACCCCUGAGCGACAUAAGUUAUAGCACAGUAAGUGCUAGCAUAAACAUAGCCCUAGAAUUCCUUCUCUGGUAAAGCUGCUCAAGAUCCCUGCACGUGGUGUUUUUCAUGAGGAAAAUUUAAUAUUUUCUGAACCAGUUUUUUAAUUUCUUGGUUUCCAGAGGAGAGAGAGAGAGAGAGGAAAGUUAUCCAGCUUAGAAUCCGGGAUCCCAUAGUUAUAUCUAAUAUGUAAUCAGAAAGCAAUCCAUGGUUCAUCCCAGCAAUAUGGAAGCUUUAGAGUAGCCAUUAAUGGGCCAGCGUGACUUCUGUGUUUUGUCAAGCUGUUUGCUUUCAUCUAGGAGUCACCACAGAAGUCAGGUCUCAAAAGUGGGAUUUAUUAGUUGGAAAAAUAACCAGAAAUAAAGCCAGCAAUAAGAAAAGCAAUGCAAUGUGCUAGGUUUUUAUAAACUGCGGUUUCAGCUCUGCUUUGUGCUGUAGUCACAUAUUUUCUCACAUAACCAUCACUCAAAACAUUUUGGAUACAGCCACAAGAGCAUGGCUUAGUGUUUAUAAACCACUGCUGCUUAUUUCACCUAACCCAGGAGCUCACCAUUACCAGAAACAGUGAAAAGAAAUAAGCUGCUUCCUCUGGCCACAGUAGGGAGCUGCAGUCCAUGCUAGGGGAUGUUGUGAUAAGUGUGCGAGGGCACAUGUAAAUUGUAUACAGUUACCAACGCAGCAGUGUGUAUGCUCAGAAGUCUCACAGCCACCCUGUUGACCGAGAACUGUUUACAUAGCUUGGAACACUGAUAUAAUCUCAAGUAUCACCGCUCCACUAGAAGAACGAUCUCUGCUACUUGCAUGGUCUUCAUUACCAUAGUAUUUGAGGCUAGGGAAAUACUAUUAUCCCAUUUUAUAGUAGAGUAACUGAGGCACAGACUCCACAAAGAGACUAAGUGACUUACUCCAAGUUGCACAGGAUGUCUGCUGCAGAGCAGGGACUAGUGCCAAGGUCUGCCGAGUCCCAUCCUGGCACCCCGCCCGCUGGACCAUCCUUCCUGCUCUAAACAGGAAGGAGAAGUCUUGUGGUGGAGGCACUGACCAGGGACUCGGGUAAUCUAAUUUCAGUCCCUGGCUCUGUUAUAUACUUCCUGCGUGACAGUCAGUAUCCUCUCUUCUAAGUAAAUACUUCUGUGAAGCAAGCCCCUCUUUCUAUCCCAGGUGCAACUCCUCCCUAAAGGUCUCAAGAGCGGAUUUAGAUUUACAGAGCGGCUGAACUCUAAACAAAUAAAUACAUGUAAAGCUUGAGAGAUUGAACUUGCAUUUUUCUCUUUCUAUGAUUCCAGUGCUGCCUUCAGCUAAUCACCCCUCCUCCUUUCCCCUCACCUGUCAUAGGAAGUCCUCCAACCCUGACAGCUGUUUCCAUGCUGCUUAAUGAUAUUUCCAGCCCGUCCAGUUAAAAGCUCAUAAUGGCACGUGCUAUAAUCUUUCCUCACCCCACAAGUGAGAAAGCGCCUUCUCACUGGAAUAAUACCCCUUUUUGUUGCACUUUCCUGACCAAGUCCUUCACUCAGCGACACCGUUUCAGACCCAUUAAGGUCAAUAGGGAUGUACCGGUGCGAAUAAGAGGAGAAUUUGGUUGUCCUUGUCCAGCAUUCCAGCCUUUGUAAAAUAAGUGUGAGCCUGAAAUCUAUGGUAGUUAGCAGUUGUUCUUUUAAAUGAAACAAAGAAU